AUGCUAAAGGCACAGCGCGAUAGCGUCAUCAGCGGAUUGAGCGGUGACGACCGUCAAAAUCUUCGGCGUAUUGUUGUAGCCAUUAAGGAAGCCAGGGGAGGCAGCCCAGACCUGGCUAACGACGGAGGCCGGAUAACAGCCCGUGAACUGUUGGCUGGCUGGCACGAAGAACUUCCUGGCGAGGUCCGCACGGCGCUGGAAGCAAUCCUGGUCAGGGACGAAACGGGCCCCAAAGUUGGAGAGUUGGCCCCCAAUUUCUUCCUCAAACGGCUGGGUUCGGAAGACCGGGUGGCUCUCUCGGAUUUCCAGGGGCACCGGCCCGUGGCUCUGGCCUUCGGCAGCUACACUUGA